CAUCAGUCGGUAAUCGUAUCAUCAUCAUAGCAGCAGCAACAGCAGCAGCUUCAAUUCCAUUUACCAUUUUCGUUUGGACGCCAUUAGCGAACAAUAAGUUGUAUCAGUUGUAAUUCGAUGGUGUAUAUCAUCAUAUAACAUCUAAGUCAUCAGCGAAUAAAAUUUAUUUUAAUUUACAACAAUGGCUAGCAUGCCUGAAUUGGGUUCUAAGAUUAGUCUUAUAUCGAAAUCAGAUAUUAGAUAUGAAGGCCAAUUAUAUACCGUAGAUCCGAACGAAUGUACAAUUGCCUUAGCCAAUGUGCGUUCAUAUGGAACAGAGGAUCGUCAAGGACAAUUUGCAAUUCCACCGCAAGAAGAGAUUUUCGAUUAUAUUUUGUUCCGUGGAUCAGACAUCAAGGAUAUUCGCGUUGUUAACAAUGUACCACGUGUUCCACACGAUCCAGCUAUUAUGCAAAUGCAUGUGUCGGCCCAAAGUCAACCAAAUUUUCAGCCGCAAUUUUCGAUGCCGGUGAUGCCACAUGUUGGUGGACAAGUUGGUCCAUUUGAGGGUUCUAAUAAUCAACCAGGUCCAUUUAGUUCGAUAUCAACUCCAAAUGCACAGGGUGGACAAUUGCCGCAAGGUACACCUGGAUUACCGUUUAACCAACAACAACCAUCUCAACAACAGCAAACGCCUCAACAGCAAUCGAACGGUGGCCAAUCACAGCAACAACAACAGAACAACCAACAACCGCAACAGAAAAAUUCCGUUCUUGAUUUAAUCGGUGGAUCUCGUUCAACAACACCUGUUAGUUUGAAUUCACGUAAGAGUCCAACAGCCGAAAUGGGAGUUCAAGUUAAUCAAAAAGACGGCACACGACGCAACAAUAAUCGUGGACCACAAGGUGGCCGUUUAGACAGUCAAGGAUCGCAUGAAAAUAGAAAUCAACAGCGCAACAAUCAGUAUCAAGGUAAUAAUAACCAGAACCGAGGCGGUAAUUGGGGUAACCGUAACAACAAUCAAAAUUUACGCAAUAAUCAACGACCACAAAGACGUCCAGGUCUUCAUCCGCAGCAGACAUUCCGCCAAAAUCAGAACAGUAAGGGACGUCCAAAAACCACAAUUAAGUUUGAAAGUGAUUUUGAUUUUGAACAAGCAAAUACAAAAUUUGAAGAGAUGCGCUUAUCAUUAGCCAAAUUGAAGGUGGGCGAAGAAGCCAAACCUGAGCAGGUUAACGGUGAGGCUGAAAAGAAGGACGAUUCGGGCAACGAGACCGGUGCUGGUGAACAAGAGCAAGAAGAAGACGAUGUCACUGUUGGAUAUGACAAGACGAAGUCAUUCUUUGACAAUAUUUCAUGCGAAGCAGCAACAGAUCGGAAGGGUAAAAAUCGUACUGAUUGGCGCCUUGAACGUAAGCUUAACAGCGAAACAUUUGGUGUGUCAUCUGCACGUCGCGGAGGCUUUUAUAACUAUAACCGUGGCCGACCGGGCGGUAACAAUGGCAACUAUUUCAAUAACCGUAAUAACGGCUACCGAAACAACGGUUACAAUGGCAAUAAUGGUGGUUAUCGUGGCAACUUCCGAAACACACGCAAUUACAACAAUCAGCGAAACCAAAACCAAGGCAACAACCAACAAGAAAAUAAUCCAACCACGAGUCUUCCACAAGAGAAGCAAACACCCACUCAGCAAUCUCAGCCGGUCACAGUUCAAGCACCAGCCGUUUCAGCUGGCGGAAAAUAAAAAUACUCCACACAUCCACACACACCAUUCACCAAACCUUCAUGAGUACCAAUGCAAAAUAAAACAUUUUAAAACGCGAUACGAAUUGAAGGAUUUUUAUGCAGCCGCCAAGAACAGAUAUAUGGAAUGGAGACAUGGAUUGCAUGAUUUACAAUACUAUUACGCGUAUAUAUUUUUUAAUUAAACAAUUUAUCCACUUACCAUUCUCCCACCACAUAAAUGAAGAUGAAACAAACGAGCCCCAAUUUUGUGGGCCCACCCAAAAUCUUCUUUGAUAAGCAAAACAAAACAAAACAAAAUUUAACUAGUGAGAAAAAGAUACACAAAAAGAAAGAAUUAUAUAGUAAACGAUAGAUAAACAUCGAUCUAAUUUCAUAUGCACAAAGAAAAACAAAAAUGAUUUUUAAAGGAAAACAGAACAGCAAAUUAAAAAUCGAUCGUCAUUGAAUCAGAUUUUGCUGAUCACAUAUGCAAAAAAGUAAAAAACAAAGCUGUGCGAAUUUUAAAUAUUAGAGAAUCAAUUGAAUUUAUAAAUUGUCAAUAAUUAAAGAGAGAAAACAGAAAGAAAACACAUUGAAACAAAAUGAUAAUUGAUUUAGUGAUAAAGGGAAAAAAUAGGGAUAAAUAACUAAAUAGGAAAAAAAGAUGUGAAAAGAGAACUAUGAUUAUAUAUGUACAUUUAGUUGAACUAAAUUAUGUGUGCUGGGUACGUAUUCUCAUCAAUUUCAAUGAAACAACUACACACACAUACACACAGGGAAACAUUACAUUUUCCAAACGAAAUAACACCCAAACUCACACACACACAUUUCACCACAAUAAAUUAUAACAGAAAGUAAAACAAAUUCAAAAGAAAGAAAAGUUAAAUAAAAUGCAUCCAUCAACGAAA